UGUCGCUGUUGGCAAACGUCGUCGCCAUCAUGCCAUGAAGAAAAAAGCAAAGCAAAGUUACAAAAUUUAAUGAAGUUGAAAAAUCUGAUUAAAUUUUUGCUGGUUUUGCUACGUAAACAUCGAGAAAACAUUUCUUAAUGAUUUUUACGCGAAACACUAAUCAAUAGAGCAAUGGAAUUGGAAGAUUUUCAGAGGGACGAUGUGACUGAUCUAUCAAAUUGCUCGGACAAAUUAAGUACGACAUUGCAGUGCAAAGUUGUGCGAAUUGGUACAUAUCGUUUUGAACCAAAGGAUCCGGUCACAUUUACUUCCAAAGGUGUUUGCCUUGUAGCACCGUUAGUAACUAAUCAAAAUGAGAGUUUCCCAUUGCAUAUACAUAAACGUGAAGUUGUGAAAAUUAUUGCUCAUUUCUCAAAAGCGUCUGAGUCCAUGUUGUGCUUCUACACAUUACGCAAUUGUGCACAAUAUAUAAAGAACAGUUUACAAAUGAAAGACAAUGGAGCACCCCUCGAUGGCUGUGCAUACUUCUCACCUAAUGGUCCAUACCAAGUCCGGAAAAUAAUAUUGCAAUUUAGCGCCUGUUCCGAUCAAUCACGCAACGUCAUCAAAUCAAUUUGGGACUUCUUUGAUGAAAUUUCCGAUGUGGAUGCACAUGACUUGCUACAACGUGCAGAAGCAGCUGACCGGCAUAUCGCCAACAAAACGGCCGAAUCAACCACAUCUGCAUCCGUCACCACCACUCAACUGAAUCCCAACGAAAUACGCCAGCUACUGAUUUAUCCGCCGGGUAAAGGUGGUAUUUCAAUUAAUACGGAAGACUACCUUUGCUUGGCCACUGAUCAGUAUCUAAACGAUAUCAUAAUCGAUUUUUAUCUUAAAUGGGUACACAACAAUGUCAUCCCACAGACACAGCGUGAUCGCGCUUUCAUUUUCAGCACUUUCUUUUACAAGCGCUUAACAACACUAACAAGACAUAAUCACAACGUAGACAAAGAUGUCAAACAGACUGCAGCUCAAAAGCGGCAUGCCCGUGUUCAAAAUUGGACAAAAAAUGUGAAUCUAUUUGAGAAGGAUUUUAUCAUAAUUCCAAUCAAUGAGCAAUCACAUUGGUUCCUAGCGAUAAUUUGUUUUCCUACGUUGAAAGGUCCUGUAACGUAUGAUACGAAUAUACCAGUGGAGCCGCAACUUUUGAAGAAGCAAAAAGGGAAAAAGGUAUCGCUGCAAAUUGGUAAUACGACUAUAACACCACUCUCAAAACGUGAUAGCGGAAAUAUUCUGGCGGAAGUGUGUGGAGUUGGUGAUGAUGACAGCGAGCGUGAUGAAGCGGAGGGCGACGAAAGUGAUUUAGCAUCAGAAGAAAGUGAUUUCGAUAGCGGAACCAGUGCAUCUGCAGUAUCAUCCACAGCGAAUGCAUCAGCGGUAGCAACUAAUAACAAUUCCAAUAAUAGCAAUACUGGCGGCGUUAAAUCACAAGCAAUUAAGCAGCCGUUGAUAUUAAUUUUUGAUUCGUUGGCUGGUGCGUCACGUAGUCGAGUUGUUGCUACGUUACGAGAUUACUUGACGUGUGAAUAUCGAGCUAAAAUGCCUGAUGUGACACCCCAUAUAUUCAACAAGGAUAAUAUGCCGGGUCAUGGCGUUAAAGUGCCACAGCAAAAUAAUUUCACGGACUGCGGUCUUUAUCUUUUGCAAUACGUGGAACAAUUCUUCAAAGAUCCAAUCAGAGAUUAUAGAGUGCCGAUUAAACAGUUAAGUAAUUGGUUUGAUACAAUAACGGUAACUCGCAAACGCGAAGACAUUUCCCAACUAUUGCAACAGUUAAUGAACGAACGUAAUGGACCAAAUCAUCAAGUGAUUUUACCGGAAAUUCCUUUGCCCACAUUGAAUGGGGUACUCCUUGAGCCUCCCGAAGGUUAUAAUAUAGAAUUUGAAGAAGAGGAAACUGGCGAAGAUGUAGCUGAUGAGGACGAUGAGAAUACAGCAAGCACUAGUGCAGAUGGUGCAGCUAACGAUGCGGAUGGCACCGCCAGUAGUGCCCACACUGAUGAACUGGUUAGCGUAAAAGUGCCAACAACAAAGGCAUUGACAACCACGGCCGUUGUGCCUACACAGGGUCGAAAAAUCGUCGUAAAACGGCGAAUGCAACUAGUUAGCGCCACAGCAGGUAGUAACAAUAGUGAAACGUUAACGACAACAACAUCUGCAGCGGCGGGAAUAGCAGGUCCAAGUAUACGUGGUGGGAACCAAGCUAAGUAUCGCAAGUUUGAAUAGACUACCUACUUUAGAACACUCGCCGAUGAAACUCUUAAGCUCUUAUAUAAGUGUUUUAUAAUGACUGCGGGCUUUUGAAGUACUAUGUGCUAUGAAGUGUUAAAAACUUCGAUUCACGCCUACUGAUUACUAUAGAUUUAAUUUGAAGAAUGAUUAUAUACAUAAAUCACAAAUUUCUGUUAUUAUCGUUCGUGCGUGUGCUUUAUAAGAUAGUUUUGUAUAUCUUAGGCUACUAAUUUCUUACAAGUAAUUUUUGUGUAUAAAAGGAAAGGAUAAAAAGCGAAUCAAAGAAUAAAUACUGGCACGAUUUAUUUUUAUUUACAUAUAUAUUAAGUGAAGAACAGAAUUUAAAAUAGGAGGGAUGAAAUUCUUUUGUAUCAUUUAAAAUUAUAUGAAACUUCUA